CAAAUAGUCCUGCCCGGAACUUUUGUGACGGCUGCGUGUUUUCCCCGGAUCGCUUAAGGGAAGGGACGAGCAAGAUGGCGGCGGGUGCUGUUGAGCCACGUGGGGAAGCGAAAGUUCUCGGCGCUGAAUUGGAAGAAAGCGAUACUGGAUCUGAGUGGAGUUCAGGGGUUCCAGAAGAUAGCUUUUCAAGUGAUGAUGGAGAGCAGGGUGAUGAAGUUGAUGAUACACCUAAGACCCCAGAUACACCUAAAGAUGCAGCAGAAUCCAAAGAAGCAGGAAACGCUGGAUGGGCUGAAGCCAUGGCCAAAGUGCUUAACAAAAAGGUUUCUAGCGAUAAGCCCACUAUCCUGUUGAAAAACAAGGAGCAGGAUGUAGAGCGAAGAAAAGAAAAAGAAGAAAGAUUGGAGCAGAGGAAGAAGCUGAAUAAAAAGCGAGAAUGGGAAAUGCUGUGCCGAGUGAAGCCAAAUGUUGUCAAAGACAGAGAAGUUGAGAGAAACCUUCAGAGGAUUGCCACAAGGGGUGUGGUUCAGUUGUUCAAUGCAGUCCGGAAGCACCAAACCAAUGUGGAUGAGAAGAUAAAAAAAGCAGGCAGUUCUGAGAGGAAACGAGCUAAAUUGAUCUCCUCGGUUUCCAAGAGAGAUUUCAUCAACGUCCUCCGAGGAAUGGAUGGAAAAGAAAUGGAACAAAAUCCUGCUAGGAAGUCAUCAAACAGCAGUCAGGAGAAGUCGAAAUCCGAAGAAGCUCCAGCAUGGAGUAUAUUGCGAGACGAUUACAUGAUGGGAGCCUCGAUGAAGGACUGGGAUAAAGAAAGUGAAGAGGAGAACAAUGCUGGAGAAGGCAGCAGCAUCAAGCAGGAGAGUGGAAGUGAUUCAGAUCGAUAAUAUUCAGAGUCAUCCAGAAAUCCAAGGGUAUUUUUGACACAUUUUGGAGGGAUUGGGCUUUAAAGGACGCCUUUUUAUACACAGCCCACCUUAAAGAACAUGAAACUUGGGCAGCCGAUAAAUUUAAAUAAAUAACAGUAAUUUUCACAAUGGAUUAGCUGACUGUCCUGUGACUCUGUAACAAUAUUUGAUCAACUUGGCCAAUCCAAAUGCCGUUGCAUAGUUAUGAAUACUUUGUAAAGUACCUGGAGUCUUAAACUGGAGUGGGUUAUACAUAUGUCUAUAUGCUGUACCUUUGUAGUCAGGAAAGGGAUGGGUUUUGAAGUGGAAACUAGAUGGAUGGUCCCAUCAGGCACCCAUCAUUAAAUCAGUCAUUUCACUUUGCAGGUUUAUUUGAAGUUUCACUGACUUAAACGUCUUUGUUUAUAUAUUGAUUUUGUAAAAGUCCGAGAUCAUAAGAUUGUGCUGAGGGUUGGUCUGUAAUGGCUCAGUCACACCUGCCUGGCACCAGUUAAAAGCAAAGAAUCCCUUCUACUUCAGUUAGCACAAUGAAGCAAGUUGUUGUUUCUUACUUAGAAACAGGUAAAAUAGACUACUUCUGUAAUGGGAGAAAAUGUGUAUUUAUCCUUUUCCCCUUAUUUAUAAAAGCAGCUGUGAAGUGUUCGUUUUCAUUAAAUCGAUUUCAAAUCUGAGAAACCUAGGGAGAAAACUUUCAUUUGUGGUUUCAGUGGAAAACAGGUUUUGAGGAAACGUGCAGAUUUAGGGAAGAAAUUCUACGAUUCCUGUUUAUUCAUUUCACAGACUUAAAGCAGCCAUUUGGCAUUUCAGGAGAAAGGUAUAACUAACCGAAAAGUUCUUUGUUAUAUAUACUGUAUAUUUUGUCUUCUUUUUUGUGUAUACAAGUAAUCCUCGACUUACCGUAUUUUUCCACCUAUAAGACGCACCCUCUAAGACGCUCUGGCAUGCGAGUUUCUGUUUCGAGCGCCGAACAGCUAAGCUGGCAAAUCUGGAAAUUCGGCCGGCCGACAAUCUUGCCCCCUCCCAUUAGUGGCAAGCCCACAGGGGCUUGACACCUGCACCAGGCAGCAUGGCAACCCACACAGGCAUGCCCUGGGCUACCAAGGUUACCCUUAUUUUCCCGUGUAUAAGACGCACCUGAUUUUUGAACAGGGUGUUUGCAGGGAAAAAAUAGCAUCUUAUACACAGAACAAUACGGUAAAGAUCGUAAAUGAGCCUGCCAAUUACAGUCGGAGGUUGUGAUGGUUGUAAAGCUGGUCAUCAUUAGACUCAUUUCUACAAUGUUUUUGUGGUCGUCAUUAAGUGAACACUGCAGUUGUCAAGUGAGCCCAGUGUUCACAAGGUGGCAAAUGGGCCUAUUGCUGGAAACCAGAAAUAAAAAACCGGUUUCUGGCAAAACCAUUGUAAAUUACAAUCAUAUGACUGUGGGACACCGCAAAUGGCUGUAAAUGUGGGCCAGUUGUUGAGCAACCAAAAUAACAAUCAUGUGACUAACUUUGAACAGUCACUAAGCAACCAGCUAUAAGUCAAAGGCUACCUGAAUAUACAUAUAACUUGAAAGAAUAAUAUAUUGCUACAUCAGGAGCAAUAAUUGCUAUUCCUGAACUUUGUAUAUAUAUAUAUUUUAACUAGUCAGUCCCUAAAAUUUGGCUUCUUACCAUAGUUCCCAUAAAUAUAACAUUACAGUAAACAUAGUUAAUAUUUCCUCUAAGCUGUGUCAGUCAAAUAUGGAAGUAGAUGUGGCCUUUCAAGCUUCAAUCCUAUAUUGCCAUAUUAAUAUCUAGAGGCAGAGCAUAAUGUACGAAUGAAAAAAAAUGCAAGCAUUUGCUGUCUUUAAUGCAAAAUUCAUAUCUUGAGCACAUGGUUGUAGAACUGGACCCGGAUUUUGUCUUUUAUAAAAAACUGAGCAGAGAAAGAAACAACGUGAAAUGUUUGUGUAUUGUACAGUACAGGUAAUCCCCGAGUUGCAAGCGUUUCCUUAGCGAAAGUUCACAGUUACGUGAUAAGUACCCCCUAGUGUUUAUGAAGAAACUCCUGAAAUUACGAACGUUGCCGCACCACGAACGACCGCAGUGGCACUACAACAUUCACUCUGGCUAUUUCUCCCCCCCCCCCCCGGGUCUCCCUAGGCACCAGGCCUUGGAUACUCAUCUUGCGAAGAUCGAGGUCCUUCGCUUUCUUGGCUGCUCCAGGCCUUUGAUUUGUUCGCAGAGAGUGGAGACCUAAAAUAACACAAGAUCGUGCAACAUCAGUGGCGCUAGAUCUCACACUACUGAUCUCACGGUACUUUAGUUUAGGCCUCUGUUUGCUGCAACAGAGAAUGGAACCGAAGCCGGGGUGUGCUUCUAUGUGUGCCUCUGAAGGCCCAAUCUGGGCCUCGGAGGCCUCCUCCUGGCCACUGCCACCCGCAAAUGAGGCCGGGGGAUGCUUCCGCGUGCCUCCAAAGGCCUGAUCCGGAUGUCAGAGGGCUUUUCCAGGCUGCUGCGCCCAGAAAUGAAGCUGGGCGAUGUUUCUGUGUGUGCCCUUGAAGGCCCGGUUUGGGCCUCGGAGGCCGCCCCCUGGCCACUACCACCCGGAAAUGAGGCCAGAGGAUGCUUUCGCGUGCCUCCAAAGGUCCGAUUUGGGCGUCAGAGGGCUUUUCCAGGACUUCUGGAAGUGGCUUCCACACACUUCCGCAGGUCUGUUCUGGGCGUCCGAGGCCCAGAAUGGAGGCCAUGGGCGGUGGCCACAUGCUUCCAAACAUCUGUUCUGAGCCUCCAAGGCCUCCCUCUGCUCUUGCCGGGAGCAAAGAAACAGAAUGGAAAGGAGACAGAUCUUCACAAAAUAAGUGACCUGGGAACAUGAGGUAUCUCAUUGGGGGAGCUGUUUGGGUGGUUUGAAGCAGGUCACUAGGCUCUCCCAUGGCCUUCUCCACCCUGAGAUACCUCAUGUUUACUUAACCCGCGCAUUUGUCCACGCAUUAAAUUAGUGAACGCCUGGGUGAAAAUGGAGUGAUUUGCGUUCAAGGUACGCGAUUCACUCCUACGAAUCCUCGAGUUACGAAUGGAAUGAGCAUUAUUUCUCUCUAAAAAUCAAUUCCUGACACAUUUUUGUGUCAGAUUAAAAGUUAAGGGGAAAUGGUAAAACGUUUACAAUGUUGUGAUUAUUACAAAAUUUUUAACUGUUUUUGUCCCUUUUCUAUGUUUAACCUUGUGAUGUAAUCUGCCUAGAGUUACCUUGCUAUUUGGGGCUGCAAAUAAAUACAUGAGAUGAAAUGUUAAAAGUUAUUAAAUGUUGAUACAUACGAUAAAAAGUUUUAUCUUCUUAUCUGAUGUUUGGCCUGCUUCAGUGGAAAAACUCCUAGAUUGUAUUGUGUUAAAAUGGGGUUGAUGGACUCUCCUCCUGCUGUUGUAAUGUUUUUUUAUUUGUUUUUUGUUUUUUCAGCAGUUAGCAGUUAUUUUGUUUGGAGAAAGAACUGAGCGAUUUUCAAUAAGGGCAACCCCUACCCCAAAACUUGAAGAAAACAUUAAAAUAACUGAGGAAAAAAAAAACAUCCAGCCUUUGACUCACUCCCUAAAAGAGAUUGUUUGACUCUCCCUCAGUGGCCUUCAUAUGUCAUAGACUUUUAAUAAGAUCUCAUUUGAUUUGUCCUUAAUUAAUUCCAAUGCUUUAUCUGGAUUAGACAGUUGAGAGAAAAAUAGAAUAAUAAAAGUUUAUUCAGGCCAGAUUUUGGUGGCCUUUUUAAAGGGAAGAUGUUGUUAAACUUACAUUUUACUCCUGAAUACAGAGUUUGGUGGGGGGGGGUUUUUCCUAGUUCUGAGUAGGACAUCUAUCUAUCUGUCGACCUAAUUUAAAUUUGAAUGACUAAUUCCUUCCUUGUAAUGUUGGAAAAACAACCUUUCACAUGAGGCUCUUCUGAUGGAAGAAACAUUUCCACAUGUAUUGAUUUUUUUUAAAAAAAAAUAUUAAACUCAUAAUGCCAUGUU